AUGGGUUUUAACCCACUUGGACCAGAAGACCAUUUUCCUGGUGGCAAUGCGAUGGAUGUCGAUGAAGAUACUGAUCCCUCAAUGCCACCAUCUGGAACUCCGAACCACCCUAUCGAGAUUUCUGAUGGGUCACCUUUUGUGGGAUCACCAUACAAUGGUCCCGACAGCUUUGAGGAGAGAUUCAGGAAGUAUGACUGGGUAUUUACCCCUAGUUACCAUAACUCUCCCCUGCACCAGCCGCAACACAGCUCUCCCUUGCACCCCCAGCAUCAGCCUCAACAGCAGCCACAGCAGCAGCAGAAUCCUUCUGAGGAUUCCCGACUUGUCGCGGUCACUCCACCACCGCCACCACCUCUGGUUUUGUCUCCCCCGCCUCCGAGGCGAAGGCGAACGAACGCACGGAUUUCCGCACGAGGGGGAGUGCGCAUCGGCACCCCUCCACAUUCAGGUGGCAGCCGGUACUCGCCACUUCACGAAGAACCAGAGAUGGGAGAAUCUUCACAUCCCGUCUCAGAAGUAACUUCUGCACCAAUCACGCCACCACCACCACAGGAUUUCGGAGACCCAAUCCCUGCUUAUACUAGCGCGGCAGCAUACAAUCCCUUCGAGCAGACGAUCCACACAGGUUAUAACUUUACAGAGGAUCCCUACUGGGUAGCUGCGAACUACAACUCUCUCCAUCCGGAAGGUACUUUUGGAGGUCCCUGGGCUACGGGACAAUCGACCUAUGGAUACCCAUCAUAUGGAUAUCAGCAGCCGCAGCCUCCUCAAUCACCGCAUUAUCCGCUACCACCGCAGGCACCGAUGAUGUCGCCGCCACAAGUUCAAGAAAUCCUUCAAGGGAUAAAUGAAGUGCGACGAGAGAUGCGGCAUAAAUUACGGGAAGAUCGUCGGCAUAAUCGUGGGAUGUUUAAGAAAAUGGUGGAUUUAAUCAAGGGAAAAAGCAAGAAGGACUACUAA